AUGUCAUUGAAGCUUCCGCAAGCACCAAAUUCCGGCUUGUUCAAAAAAGGAUACUCCUCCUACUCGAACGAAGAUGGAGCCAUAACCAGAAACGUUGAAGCAGUACGCGAAAUAGCAUCCAUUUUACAAACAUCAAUGGGUCCCAGUGGGAGAAACAAGAUUAUUGUCAACAAACUCGGCAAGAAGUUCAUCACUAAUGAUGCAGCCACCAUGAUCAAUGAGUUGGAGAUUGUUCACCCCGUUGUGAAAAUCCUCAUUAUGGCUUCGAAACAACAGGAGUUUGAGAUGGGUGAUUUCACCAAUCUUGUCAUCAUAUUAGCGGGUGAGUUUUUGAACGUUGCUGAGAAGUUGUUGAGUUUGGGGUUGAAUGUUUCGGAAAUCAUUCAAGGUUUCAACUUGGCCAAUAAAUUCGUGAUGGAAACGUUGGAUAAGUUGGUGGUUGAUAAAAUCUCAUCGUUUGAAACUGACUUGAUCAAAGCUGUCAAGCCGGUGAUUUCUGCCAAGCAGUAUGGUGUUGAGGAUACAAUUUCCAAAUUGGUGGUUGAGGCUGUAAAGUCGGUGGUCAAUCCCAAGAACCCAGCUAGUUUCAAUGUGGAUGGAAUCAGGGUCGUCAAGAUUAUGGGAUCGUCGUUGUCACAAUCUGAAGUUGUCAAAGGUAUGGUUUUCCCUAGAGAGCCCGAGGGAUCAGUCAAGAAUGUUGCCAAUUCCAAAGUUGCUGUAUUUACGUGUCCUAUCGAUAUAUCAACUACCGAGACUAAAGGGACGGUGUUGUUGCAUAAUGCACAAGAAAUGCUCGAUUUCACAAAGGGCGAAGAACAGCAAUUGGAUCAAGUUUGUAAGGAAAUUCAUUCAUCGGGGGCAAAAGUUGUGGUUGCCGGUUCAAAUGUGGGCGAGUUGGCAUUGCAUUAUUUGAACAAGUAUGGAUUGUUGGUUUUACGCGUUCCCUCCAAAUUCGAUUUGAGGAGAAUUUGUCAAGUUUGUGGAGCUACGCCAUUACCUAGAUUAGGUGCACCAACGCCCGAUGAAUUGGGUGAGGUUGAUAUUGUUGAAACUAAAGAGAUUGGUGGUGAUCGAGUAACCAUUUUCAGACAAAGUGAGUCUAGCACGAGAACUGCAACCAUUAUCAUUAGAGGUGCUACGCAAAACAACUUGGAUGAUAUUGAAAGAGCCAUUGACGAUGGCGUAAGUUCAAUCAAGGGAUUACUUAAAGAUAACAGACUAUUACCUGGUGCAGGAGCGGUUGAGAUUGAAUUAUCGAAACGAGUUACCCAAUAUGGUGAGACCACGCCUGGUUUAAAUCAGUUGGCUAUUAAAUCGUUUGCCAAAGCAUUUGAAGUUGUUCCUCGUGUACUUGCAGAAACGUCAGGUUUUGACUCAACCGAAGUUAUAAGUAAAUUGUACGCUGCCCACGCGGAAGAUGAUAGUGAAGCUGCUUUGAAACAAGGGUUGAAUAUAGAUACGGGAGAUGUCGAAGAGACUGAGGUGUUGGAUGUUUUGGCAACUAAGAAGUCAGCUAUUGAUUUGGCUGUGGAAGCCACGAAUACCAUCUUGUCUAUUGACCAAAUUAUCAUGGCCAAAAGGGCUGGAGGACCAGUAAUGCCACAGCAACCAAGGCCAGGAAACUGGGAUCAAGAUGAUUAG